CAAAAUUCCAAUAUGAGCCAAGGAUUCUAUGGUGGCAGUGGUGGCGGAGGUUACCUCCCAGGAUCACCUUUCAGCGCGACAGCCAGUCCAGGGGGAGGCCAAAAAUCAGAGCUCUCAGCAUCUCUACGUCCAAUGACCAUCGCCCAACUCAACAAAGCGACUCAACUGCAUCCUGAAGCUGAAUGGCGCCUCGACGAUAUUGAAGUUGGCCAAGUCACCAUAGUCGGGCAAAUAUUGUCCAUUCAGCAACAGGCAACCAACUCUGUGUACGCAAUCGUUGAUGGCACAGGAACAAUCGAGGCUCGCCAGUGGUUGAACACCGACACCGACGGCAGCAUACAACAAGGGCUCAAGGAAAACAUCUACGUUCGUGUUGCCGGCAACCUCAAGGCCUUCAAUUCCAGACGAUAUAUCAAUACAACUCACAUCCGUCCAAUCACUGACCCCCAUGAACUCUACUUCCACAUUCUCGAAUCCAUGACCGUAACUCUGAGCUUUGAGCGGGGCGUUCCUGCAGCUCCAGGAUCUGCCAAAGGAAAAGAUGUGGUCAUGGCUGACGCUUCUGUAUACAAUGUUGGGUCGACUGCGACAUCCGACCAAUUCUCGCACCUGCCAGUUUUGCAGCGUCAGAUUGUCCGCUUCCUCCAGGAGAACUCUACGAGCGACGAAGGAGUGCACGUCUCGGCCAUUGCCAGAGCUGUCGGGUCUGGUAACGAUGCCCAAAAGAUCAGCGAUGCCCUGGACAAGCUCAUGGAUGCUGGUCACGUAUACACAACGCUUGAUGAAUCGCAUUUCCUACUCACUGCCUAGAUGACAUGGACCUUGCUUUCACUGUAUUUCCUAGCUGUAAUAUCUCUCUGUAUACGCGCUUUGCCACCAUC